AAAUCCUCCAAAGAAGAUAAAAUACGUAAUCCUCAAAAUCGAGAGGCACACACACACAAUUCCAAACCCCCAAAAAUGUCAACCUCUGCUCUCUUCGGCUCUCAACUCUUGUCCGUACAGAACCCACUAGUUCCGGCUUCGGUCGGCGUCGCGGCUAGGCGGCCAGCCUGGUCUAACGGCGGCGGUGGAUUGGUCGUGAUAGAAUGCUCCUCCAGACCAACGAAGAAGUCGACAGCUCACCACAGGAAGACUCGUCCUCGCAAAACCCAGCAAUGGGAUAUAAAGAGGAAACCCACAGUCUACGCUCCUUUGCCUGAGCUUCCACCGGAGUGGACUCUGGCAGCGGCGACCGACGAUGCCGAGGCCGAAGCUGAUGUGAGCUCAUCUGCCUCAGAAUCGGCCACCAUCACAGAAUGAUUUGAUAUUGGUUUGUUCAUGUUGAAUUUAAUUUGGACUGAUUGUGGUGAAAAUGUUGAAUUUAAUUUGAGUUUUUAUUUUAAUUUUAAUUUCUUUUAUUUGGAAUGGUUUGUUUACAACUUGUUUGAUGAAAGUCUUAGUUGAAAAAUGAAUUUUUGUUUGUGUAAGAAUAGAGUGUGAGUAACUAUGUAUGACUAUAUUUACAAAUUUGCCCAAUAUUUAAUUUUACCAAA